CGCUGUGGAGGGGCGGAUGGGCGGAGCUGGUCGGGAUGAGCGGCGCGGGUACGGAAACCCCUGUGGGGUGUGAGGCCGCCCAGGGCGGCAGCGGCAGCGUCGGCAAGAAGCGGGACUCGCUGGGGACUGCGGGCUCAGCGCACCUCAUUAUCAAGGAUCUUGGAGAAAUUCAUUCAAGGCUUUUGGAUCACAGACCAGUUACUCAAGGUGAAAUUCGUUAUUUUGUAAAAGAAUUUGAAGAAAAACGUGGUCUUCGAGAAUUGCGAGUUCUUGAGAACUUGAAGAAUAUGAUCCAUGAAACAAAUGACCGCACACUUCCCAAGUGCAGAGAGCUGAUGCAGGACAGCCUGGAGGAGGCCUUGCAGAGAUUGCAAGCAGCUAAUGACUCCAUCUGUAGACUCCAGCAGAGGGAACAGGAACGAAGGAAGGUGUAUAAUGACCAUUUAACAGCUAGUGAGAAGCAGCGUCUACUCCAGUGGGAGGACUUCAUGAAAGAACAGCCCCAGCGACAGGCCGAAGUGGAUGAGGAGCACAGAAGAGCCAUGGAGAAGCUCAAAAAGCAAUAUGCUGAGAUGGAGAAGGACCUAGCCAAGUUUUCCACCUUCUAAGAGGUUGAUCUACAGCAGGAACAGAUGAAUGCGAAAGCACUAGCUUACCCCAAAGCCUCCCACCAACUGUCUAGCCUCUUCCUUAAGCUCAGCAAUACCCUUUGUGGCACUCUCCAUCAUAAGAGAGAAACUGGGGGAGCCAGACUAACGUUCAGUGAUGAAGAGUGCUUUAAGUGCCUAAAUAUACUCAUUUGAGGGGAAGAGGGAAAUUGGGACAAAUUUGGUCUUUUCAGUGAUUAACUUAGAGAGCUGUGAGUACAGGUUAUUCAUUCUCACACAGAGUUAGGCAUAAUUUACAAUCGUGGUUUAAAAGGGAGGUGUGAUGGCUGUCCAUCACAGCAUCCUGACAGAGAUGGCCACAGUGGGAUUUGAACAGCCUCUUGGAAAGGCUCAGAUUUUGCAGUGCAGCACAUGUCAUGUUUCACUGGGUACUAGGGCAUACAUGGUUCAUGGCCUUCGAACCUUAAGUAUUUUCAGCUUCUAAAACAUGUUUAAGAGAAAAAUAUUACCAAAAAUCUAUUCUGACUUUUAGCCUUUCCAAGAACCAUCGUCUUACCUCACUUUUGUGUCUACUUCACUUUGGGCCAGCUUUCUAAGGCAUAGCAUCUAUUCAUAUGAGUAAUCAGCAGAAUCUCUCAUGGAGUCCCUCUGGAGCCACAUAAAGUGAUUCUGAAUGAACCAGAAAUGUUUGCUCACACAGCAAACAAUCCGGGGUAAAAGUAAAUUGUCUUCAGUAUUAACGUCUGUCUAGACACACCAAGACAGAACACCAUCUGUCAGCACUGUGAUCUUACACACCUGUACUUAACAAUCUAAUGGAAAACCAGUCGGAUUUUAUUUUCUAUAAAAUAGACAAAAGUGCAGGCAGUCAUUUGUGGAGAUGUGUAGCAAGUGAGUUUCGGGUAUGUGUAAGCCCGAUGUUUUCUGUUGCUCAUCAGGAAAGAAAGGCAAGAAAAUGACUAACUCCUCUGUUAUCUCAGUUGCAACUGCAGAAAAUCGACAGUGCCUGCCUGUGUAAAUGUAUGGCUGGCUCACUGUGAAAGCUUCCUUCUUGGCUCAUGUUGGAAAUGUGAUUAAAGGUAAUAGAAGAGAUGAAAUCAGUAUUUGAGAUUUCUUUCAGUCACACUGAACGUCUGCCAAGUUUUCUGUCUGCUCCUGUAGGCCUGACAGCUUCAUCAAUCAUCCUCUGGUACCGGGGCUGAAAUAGCACUUGCUGACAUUAAGGCAUGUUGGAAUUUUCUUAAUUCUCUUCAGUGGAUGGAAAAAAAAGCCACUUCCAAAAACAUCCCACACAUGGAAACGGACAAGAGGGAGCUUCAAAUGAAAAUUCCCUUUGUAUCAUUGGCACUUUGGGGAAUGCCAUUCGUGGGCACCACACAGCUGAAUAGCUGCUGUGCUGUCACCGAAUCUUGAGUCCGUGCACUAGUGGCAUAUACUCUGUAGUCACUCGGUUCACACAGCAAAGACGUGUGCUGGGUUUUGUGCAUCACACAUGCAUAAUAAAUACUUUACCAUC